AUGAAAAACAAUCAAAUUGAUGAAGAUUGCUUCAAUGAUAUUCUUUCGUCACACAACAAUAAACUCCUUGAAUACAUUCUAGAAAAUGGUUUGUUUAAUCUUGAUAUUGAACCUGAUUCAAAUUACAAUGAAUGUUCCGUAACUGGUCAUAGUGAUGAUGAAGUUAAACGUAAUUUUGAUUUUUACAAAAUCAUCGAAUCACAAAAUUUAAAGGCAGCAUUUCUUCUGUACAAGAAAGACGACAUAUCAAUUUUUCCAUGGUGUGCUGCAUUUCCUCAGUUAUUAGACAUCAUUAAGAAUGAAUAUAUGAAUCAUCCUUCAAUGGUUUUAAACGCAAGCGAUGGCUAUCGAAGGAGAAUUCUUCAUUAUGCAGCAGAUUAUGCAUGUUUAGAAACAUUAAAGUUUCUUAUUUCACAAUGUGUAUAUAUCGAUAUUGCGGAUGCAGGAAAUACGACAGCUCUUCAUUACGCACUAAAAAAAGAUCGCAAAGAAAUAGUUGAAUAUCUUAUAUCUCAAUAUGCAGAUACAAGUGCAAAAGAUGAAUAUGGAAGGACAGCUUUACAUAUAGCGGCCGAAAAAAACAGAAAAGAAAUAGCAGAACUUCUUAUUUCACACCGAGUAGAUAUAAAUGCUAAAGAUAAACGCGGAAGAACUCCACUACAUUCAGCAAUAAAUUAUUGCAGUUUUAAAAUGGCAGAAUUUCUUAUCAUAA